AUAUGUCCGAGUGGUUAAGGAGACAGACUCGAAAUCUGUUGGGCUUUGCCUGCGCAGUCAUGGCGGAAGAGGCCACUGAUGGCGGCGUCAAUAAGGCUACGCCACCACUUACGCGCUACGAUUUGGACCCCAAGUUGGACGCAUGCCUAGACCUCUCUAUCCGCCGUCUCCUUUACUCCUCCCUCGCUGGUGCCUCUGCUGCCGUCCUCUUCUUCAGGAGUCGAACUACAAGAUGGGCAACUGUUGCUUUUAGUGCUGGUGCAGGAGUUGGAUCAGCAUACACUGAAUGCUCUUACAUUCUCAAUGGUUAUUUGCCAAAAUGGCCAGCUUAUAAGGUUGAAAAGUAAAGAUCGAGCCAGUGAGCGAGGAUCGCUGUUCAAGGAAUUUUUCAACAUAAAUUGUUUUUCUAGCUUUAUCAUCAUGUCCGUCGCACUUGUGCUUGACGGAUGCUUCGACAUAAAUUGGUUUGUACUGUUGCAUUUUGCAGAUUAAAGCUUCCUGCUGCUUUUGUGGCAGCGUUGCUUUGAUACCUGGAGAAAAUGCGAUAAGCCUCGUUUGAAUUA